CGCGGCCCCGCCGGUAAACAUGGCGGCCCGCGCGAGGAGAGCGGCGCACGACGUGGACGCGCGGAAGCGCACCGACGACGUGCUCCUGCCGGAGGGACUCGACUUCGGCUCCCUGCUGCUGUCGCCCGCGGUGCUGGACGGGUUGUCCUCCGCCGGCUUCCGGAAGCCGUCCCCGAUCCAGCUCAAGGCGAUCCCGCUGGGCCGCUGCGGACUAGACUUGAUCGUUCAGGCCAAGUCCGGCACGGGGAAGACGUGCGUGUUCUGCACCGUGGCCCUGGACUCGCUGGUCCUGGAGAACCCUUCGACUCAGGUCCUCGUCCUGGCGCCCACGCGGGAGAUCGCGGUGCAGAUCCACGGGGUGGUGAUGGCCAUCGGCUGCACCAUGGAGGGUCUCGAGUGCCACGUUUUCAUCGGGGGCCGACCUGUGAGUCAGGACAAAGCCCACCUCAAGAGGUGCCACGUGGCAGUGGGCUCGCCUGGCCGCAUCAAGCAGCUGGUCGAGUUGGGCUUGUUGUCCACGUCCAGCAUCCGGCUGUUCGUCCUGGACGAGGCCGACAAGCUGCUGGAGGAGGGAAGCUUCCAGGAGCAGAUCAACUGGAUCUUCUCCUCUCUGCCUCUGAACAAACAGAUGCUCGCGCUCUCCGCCACCUACCCAGAAUCCCUCGCUCAGCACCUCGCCCGCUACAUGAGGGAGCCCACUUUUGUCCGACUCAAUCCCAGCGACCUGGGCCUCAAAGGUCUGAAGCAGUACUACAAGCUGGUGCCGUCCCAUCCUUUCCCUCACAAGAUCUUCCAGGAGAAGGUGCAGCACCUGUUGGAGCUCUUCAGUAAAAUCCCCUUCAACCAGGCUCUGGUGUUCUCCAACCUCCACACCAGGGCUCAGCACCUGGCGGACAUCCUGUCCUCCAAAGGACUCCCCGCUGCUUGUAUCUCAGGCGGUCUGAGUCAGGACCAGAGGCUGGAGGCCAUGUCCAAACUGAAGCAGUACCAGUGCAGGGUGCUGAUCUCCACUGACCUGACCUCCAGAGGCAUCGAUGCAGAGAAGGUGAACCUGGUGGUGAACCUGGACGUGCCUCAGGACUGGGAGACCUACAUGCACCGGAUUGGACGGGCCGGACGCUUCGGCACUCAGGGGCUCGCCGUGACCUACUGUUGCCAUGGCGAGGAGGAGAACAAGAUGAUGGCCAUCGCCCAGAAGUGCGGCCUGACUCUGUCGCCGUUGCCACCCACCAUAGAGCCGGGUCUGAUGGACGAGCCGUGUGACUGGGACGUCUGCACCGACGCGUCCGCUGCGGGCGCCGCCGCCGCACCGCCCCCGCCGUCCUCCCGGCCGCAGAAGAAGAGGAAGCCGCAGCGCGAUCAGGCGGCGGAGCACGGCGUCCUCAGGAGGCCCGACAGGAGCCAUCCGGAAGGCGAAGGGCGGCCCGGGAAAGUGUCCCCUGCCGAGGACGCUCUCCGGCGGUGUCCCCCGCCGUCUCCUCCCACUCCGGCCGCGGCGACCCGCAGAGAGCAGCAGGACGCGCUGCCGAAGAUCCCUCCCCUCAGCUCCUUCAAGGGUCACAGGUCGAGGGUCGUGACCCUGGAGGAGGCCGAGCAGGACUUCUACGGCUUCAUCACGGCGGGGGAGGGGAGGUCGGUGGAGGUCAUCAGGGAGUUUGGCGGCGGAGACGACGGGGACGCGCACAGAGAGUCCUUCACGCUCGGCGACGGCGAAAGCGUAAAACUCAAGGGGGGCCGGUGGACACCUGACCUUUGGCCCCCGCGGGCGGCUUCUGGUUCCUGCGGCCCGCCGCGGGACGACGACGACGACGCCGGGACCGGCCGGACCGGAGGAGGCCAACGCGAGGCGCUCAAGACCCAAGGUCCUCCAACGCCCGCCGCGUCAAUACCGAAGGCGGGCGCCGCCCCAUCCAGAGUGGCUUCCACGGCCGACGCCGCCCACCGGACGGCCGGCGCCUCCUCUCCGCCCCGCAGGCGCCACUCCGGACGGAGCGGGCCCCCGACCGCAGGACAGGGAACCAGGAAGGGGGAGGAGACGCCCGGAGGGAGGAGGAGCAAGAAGGCUUUGGAGCCGAAGAGGGAAAGGGAGGACGACGAGGACGACGAGGAGGAGGAUGAUGAUGAUGAUGAUGAAGAGGAGGAAGAGGACUGGAGCCCUGAAGCCUACUGGAGAGCCAGCUUCAGAGCCUGGAACGAUUACUACGCCUCCGUGUCCCCGUUCCAGGAGCGAGGCCCCCAGAGCUACUACGCCGCCGCCCACGACUGGAUGGCGGCGUACCGCAUGAACGCCGUCUACAUGGAGGAGCUCCUGAGGCGCUGCCCUACGGCUCCUCGGCCCACCAGGAGCUCAUACUGUGUGUUCUAAUAAACGAGCUGUGUGGAGUUUAUGGUCUUUCAAGUUCAUGCAUCAGAGCGCGUCCGUCCCCGACGUGGACACACACACACACACACACACACACACACACACACACACACACUCUGACGCAGUGAAGAAGGAGAGCGGAUUCUGUGCUUGUGGCAGAUAUAGUUUUUUUUUAUCAGGCGUUUUCACAGUCGGGGACACGAGACAAAGGUCAUAAAUAAUAUCCAACAGCUGACAAACGCACGGCAGUCCGAACAACAACGGGCGGCGCAGGAGGCCAAAGCAAAGGGUGAGCAGGGAGAAACUGACCGAGCCCAUGAGCAGGAAGGGAGAGCACAUGACAAGAGACAAACACAAUCACAGACCUCUGGUUUCUGUUUGCGAAACGAUAGAAAAGAAGAAAAAGCUUCGAGUCCAAACGCGUCGGCUGAAAGUGACACGUAGCAACCUGCUGGGAGGAGGAAGCGUAAAUAACACGUUUAAAUCACCAAAGACACGAGGAAAAAAACACGGCUGUGUCCCACCUUUGUGUGGACCGCGUCCUAAAUGUCCCACUGGACACUGAGAACAAGACGUCAACGUCUCCACGAAGGUCCCACUCAGAACUUCUGUGCUUUUUUUUUUUUUUUUUUUUUUCCCUGCAGGUUAAUUUAGUACGUGGUGGUUCUGAGGUGUAACACACUUCCUGUUCCGGGGGGUUUGAUGGGGGGGGUCUAAAGCACAACAAACCUCUGAUGUGGAACCAGAUCUGCUGUAUUUCACCACGUUUGAUAAGAUGGUAUUUUGUAAGUCUUCGUACAAAUGCAUGUGAGGUGUAAUUAAAUAGGUUCCGCCUCUAUUUAAAGGUUCCACACGUCACUUCCAGGGAAAAGAGCCUGUGGGCCGACGCAACAUUAGUCCGGUUCCCGUAUUGCCUUUUGAAAUGUGCCACUGGCUGACGGAUGAAGGCUUCAGUCCGUGUGCUCUGGAUCUCCAUCUCAUCUCUUUAAAGAUCUCCGUCUCAUCUCUUUAAAGAUCUCCGUCUCAUUAAAGAUCUCCAUCUCAUCUCUUUAAAGAUCUCCGUCUCAUCUCUUUAAAGAUCUCCGUCUCAUUAAAGAUCUCCAUCUCAUCUCUUUAAAGAUCUCCGUCUCAUUAAAGAUCUCCGUCUCAUUAAAGAUCUCUGUCUCAUCUCUUUAAAGAUCUCCGUCUCAUCUCUUUAAAGAUCUCCGUCUCAUUAAAGAUCUCCGUCUCAUCUAUUUAAAGAUCUCCGUCUCAUUAAAGAUCUCCGUCUCAU